AUGGACGCCCACGCCCUCCUCAAAUCCCAAGGCUGGCGGGGCUCUGGCCAUUCGCUGCACAAGUCCGACGACUCGAUCGGCCUGGCCAAGCCCAUUCUUGCGUCGCGCAAAGACAACACGCUCGGAAUCGGCCGCAAGAACCACGUUACAAGCGAUCAGUGGUGGCUAAACGCGUUGGAUGAACAAUUGAAGAGCCUCGACACUUCCAGCAAGACCAGCAUCGUCCAGACCAAGAAAAACACGAGGCUGGACAGCCUUCUCACGGCUGGUGCGGGGAAAUACAAAGGCGCAAAUGCUCUAUACGCAUGUUUCGUGAGUGGUGGGAUGCUGGAGGGCUCAUUGAAGUGGAAGACGGAGGGCGAAUCAACGGAUGCGACACCAGAGGCAGAAGCUGUUCCAGUGAGGACAGAAACCAAGGAGGAGCGCAGGGCAAGAAGAGCGGAAAAGAAGAGGAGGAAGGCAGAGAAGUCAGCGAGGAAAUUGGCUAAGGAGUCAGCUGCAGCUGCCGCCGCGUCGAAAUCUGUCGGGGGAAAGGAUAAGUCAAAGAAGGACUCGAUGAAGAAGUCGAAGAAGAGCGCAUCGCCAGAAACGAAAGAGGAACGUCGGGCUAGGAAAGAGGCCAGGCGGAAACGAAGGCAAGACAAAGAGAAGCGCUCGAAGAUUGAGAAGGGUUGA